AUGACCAAAAAAAAAUAUAACUCAACAAUCAUUGAGAGUUAUCAAAGGAGCUACCAAAUAGAUAGAAACUCUAUUAUUAAAAAGGAUUCAGAAGAUUUAAAGAAGUAUCAUAUGGAAGAUAAAACGAACAAAAUAUUCUUUAUUUUUAUUAAAGUUAUUACUGUUGUUUUAAUUUGUUCAUCUAAUUAUGAUGAUGAAGCUACGAACGAUGGUAAAUCAUGGUUUAAGAAAACAAAUUUAAAUAAUGAAUUAAAUGUAAGAUGUAACAGAAAGUUAACUGAAGGAAUCUCAGAUAUUGAAAAAAGAUAUGAAUAUAUAAACGAACAACUAGAAAGGUUGUUGAAAUAUGAUGAUAAUUCCCUUUUAAAAAACUUAAAAAGAUUAAAAAAUAAUUCCACUUUUAAAAAUGAAUCAUGCGAAUCAUUAGAAAAUGAUCAUUUUAAGGAUAGUUAUAAUAAUAAAUCUAUGAAUAAGGAUAAUUUGGAAAACAGACAUAUUCUUGAUAAUAAUAAUAAAAAAUCAUCUAAAACAUCUAAAUAUUAUGGAAAAUAUGAUGAUAUAUCUUCUGAAUUUUUAAAGUAUAAAAAGAUUUCUGAUGAUGAAUUUAAUAAAUCAAAAUCUGGUGAUCAAUUUAAGGAAGGAAUAAGUGUAAUGGGAAAAAACAAUAUAAAAUUGGUUAAUCAAGAUAAUGCGUUAAGGUACUAUAAGGAAUUUAAAAAUCAAAAAGGUAAAUCAAAAAUGGACAAUGAUUUUGAAAAUAAAUUUAAAAGAACAAAACACAAUGAAGAUGAUGACACAGAAGAUUAUGAAUUUAGACAUAAUGACAAUUCUGUUUGGGAGGUUGAACCAUUAAAGCAUUACGAUGAAUUUAAAAGUCAGGUUGAUGAAUCAAAAUUUGAUGAAGAUUUUAAAAAUCAAUUUGGUGAAAAAAAACAUAAAGAAAAUGUAAAGAAUCUAUCAUAUAAUUUUGAAAAUAAUGAUGAAUUUGGCAGUGAAUUUGAUACUUUAAAUGAUAAUGAAAAUUCGAAGAAGCAAUUUGAUGAAUUUAAAUAUAGCCUUGAUGACAUUAGAAAUCAUAAUGAGUUAAUAGAGAACGGGAGCUCACCUAAAACAUUGGAUGAAUCACAAUGCGAUAUUGACUUUAGUGCUGAAUAUAAAACGAUAAUGAAACAUGCUAAUGAUGAUGACAAACGACAUGAUGCAGUAAAUUAUUAUAAAGAGUUUAAAAAAGAAGUUGAUAACUCAAUACUUGAAGAGGGCUUUAAGAACAACGUCGGUAGAAUAAGACCAGAUAAUAAGGAUAGCAUACAACUUAAUAAACAUAAAUCUAAUGAUAAUGAUAAGAAUCAACCAAAUAAAUCAAAAACUUAUGAUAAUGAAGAGAACGGUAGUAAUAAUUCGCAAUUUAAUGAUAAUGAUAGGAAUAAAUAUAAUAAACCCCAAACUGAUAAUACUAUUAAUAGGCAAUGUGAUAGGUUAAGAGAUGAUAUAAAUUAUGAAGAUGGAAUUGAUGCAUCAGAAGCUGAUUCUGAGAAGCCAUCAACUGAAUUAAAAAAGGAUGAUGUUUCUGAGAAACGUUAUGAGGCAUUAGAAUGUACUGAAACUGAUUUUAACGAUCUGUAUGAUUCAUUAAAAUAUGAGGAUGGUGAACUUGAAAAUUUACAAUCCACGUUAAAAAAUUAUAAUAAUUCGGACAAACAACCGGAUCAUUUAAUGAAAUCUGCCAAAUUAAAGAAUGAAGGUAAAACAGUGAAAACAUCAGAUCAUUUAAAUAGUCCUAAGCGUAGUGGAAAUUCAUAUAAUAUAAUAAUAAGAGGGGAUACUAAAAGGGGAAAACGAAUAAAAGAACCAAUGUAUGAAGAGGAUAAAAAUUGUAAGUUUAAAAAAAAAAAAAAAAUUCUUGUUUUAAGAGCUUACGAUUUUAUAAAAAAAUUAGAUUCAAAUUUUGAAUUACAAUUUAUAUAUUUAUUGAAACGUCAUAAACCAAGUGAUUUGUUUUUGGUUAAGGGUGAAACAGGAAUUACAAAAAUAUUAUAUUAUUUGAGCAAAUAUAAAAUAAUUAUCCCAAUUUUUGUAUUACCUUUCGUUGCUGGUGCGCCUUUGGUGACAGGUAAUAAAGAACUAGCGUUCGGUUUAAUAUGUGUACUUAUUGUAAUAUUAAUUUAUUAUAAUAUUAAAUUACUGAAGUGCCAUAGAAUAAAAAGGAUUUUAAAAAAAUUUAGUAAAAGUAAUAAUUUUAAAAUAUAG